AUGGCGGAAAAAAAGCAAUCAGAGAAUCAGAUGGGGCUUAUAGCAGCGACCUCAUACAUCGUGGGCACUAUAAUUGGAUCUGGCAUCUUCGUUUCACCUACCGCUAUUCUGGUUCAUGCCGGAUCUAUUGGACUGUCACUAAUUAUAUGGAUAGUCGGCGGAUGUAUUGCAAUGCUAACGGCUAUAGUUUACAUACGAGAAUCUGGCGGAGAGUUCGCUUAUAUUACUUAUGUUGGUUGGCAUCCAUUUGCAUUUGCCUUUCUGUGGUCAACGACAAUUAUUACAAGUUCCUGUAGUUGUGCAAUUCUGAUAACCACAUUUGGCAGCUAUGUUAUUGAAGCAGUUGAACCCGUCUACUGUCUUAGCAGUCAACGAAAAAACUAUGCAACUAAACUCGCUGGUUUUACAUUACUUCUGCUAUUAUCAUGGACAAAUUUAUUUUCCUUGAAAAAAUAUGCAUCAAGGGUACAAAUAAUUGUUGCUGCUGCAAAACUUUUGUCUGUUUCUAUUAUUAUUGUGACCGGAUUUUAUUUUAUUAUUUUUAAAGGCUCUACAAAUAACUUUACGAAUGGUAAACUGUUUGCUGAUUCAAAUCUGAAAGCUUCCAGUAUUGUUCUGGCGGCAUAUGGAGGUGUUUGGGCAUACAGUGGUUACGAUGUGUUAAACUAUGGAGCUGAAGAUAUCAAAAAUUUUAAAAGAACACUUCCGAUUGCUGUUGUCGGAGGACUGCUUAUUUGUAUAAUUAUUUAUUUGUUGACCAAUAUAGCUUAUUUCGCUAUCUUAACACCUCAGCAGAUGCUUGACUCAUCUGCUGUUGCAACGACUUUCAGCAAAAAGACGUUGGGCAAAUUUUAUUAUGCUAUGCCGGCAAUUGUAGCAAUUUUAAUGAUGGGUACAAUCAACUCAGAUAUAUUUAUGUUUAGCAGGUAUAUGUUUUCUGGUGCUCGAAAAAGAAAAAUGCCAUCCUGUUUGGCCCUAAUAAAUGAAGAGCAUGAUAGUCCAAGAGUAGCUGUUAUGUUUCAUGUUCUUUGUGCCAUAGCUUUUUCCUUUAUUGGCUCGAUUGGGGAUCUGAUAAAUUACAUGAUUGUGUGCGGUAUGCUUCAACAGGUUUUUGCUGUUUCAGCUUUGCUUUGGAUUCGGUAUAAAAAUAUUCCUGUUAAUCCAAAUUUUCCUUUGAUUUUACCUGUACUUCUGGUGCUGAUUUCCGCUGCAUUAGUGAUUAUCCCAAUUUGGAACGACUGGAGAGCAGCAGCAGUUGGCUUUGGUGUUGUUUUAUUCUGGCUGGUUAUCUAUGGCUUAUUCCAGUGGGCCUACCCAAUAUCGUUUUUGUGCCUUCUUAAUGGUAGGCUUCUUUCGACAGUCGUCUUAUCAGCAUCUUAA